AUGUGCAGAUACAUAUAUGAUGAAGAUGAUGAUGAUGGUAAUGAUCCAUUUAGAGAGAGUGGUUUCCUGCUGGAUCUGUACUCACAUGUGAAGGACUAUGAGACUCAAACAGGCAGGAGUUUCCUUCCAGCAUUACAGCCAGUUUACCAGUCAGCUCCUGCAGUCUGGUCCAUAGACCUCUCAGAGAGAAAGGCCUCCCUCCUCCUAGAAGUGCUGAAACUCCAACCAGAGAAGAAACCAGUAGAGCUGAAGGACUGGUCAGAUGAAGAGAGUGAAAGAGGAGGACCAGCAGUUGGCCUCUCUCCUCCAGGCCUUGGGCUCCAGCCUGUCACUGAGAGGAGUGUUACCCAGGAAAACCUGCAAGUCUGUGGGGAGAGUCCUGGGUCUCUGUGCCUCCAGUGUGGACCUCACUCUCACCCCAGCAAGAUCUCUCUCCAAGGAGCCGCACUUCUUUUGAGACAUGAGUCAAAGCUCCACAAGCUCAGGCUGAAUGUGGGCGUGGCAGUGAAACUGUCCAGACUGGUUAGGAGGACAGGGAGAGGUGCUACUUCACUGACUGUCCCAGAGCUCUCCCUGGACCUAAAGAGCAGCCAGACACCAGAGAGAGUGUUAUCCAGGGCUCUGAGUAGUGUGGCAUCCCUGCUGAGAUUCUGGAGGGUUCAGUGUCUGGACCUGACUGACUUCUGCAUCCAGGGUCACUCUCUCAUCACACUGCUGUGUCACCAGGGACCUCUCUCUCUCAGACUGAACUCAGACACUCUGCAGCAGCUGACUGUAGUUGUGUAUGAAGCUCAGGACAAGGACUUGACUCAGUGGUUCCUGGAGAAGGUUGGUGGAGACCUGACCUCCUGCAGGCUGGACUGGGAAGUGCUUCUCUCUCUGCUGCAGCAUUCAACCCACAACAUCACUGUGGACCUCAGGAAGAACCGGCUUCUAGAGAAGAACAGCUCAGAUCUUCUCCCCUUUCUGGGAAGGGUUACUCUCAAGAGGUCCAGUUCCAGCUUUGUAAAGUCCUCCAUCAGACAGAUCUAUGACAGUAGAGGCAGUGACUGUGUGUCCAGUUUGUUGAGGUCUUCAGACCAUUGGAUCAACCUGAACAGCAGAGAGCUGGACAGAGUGGACUGUACCGCUCUGUGUUUUACCCUGCAGCACAGCCACCAAGUCAAAAUCAACCUGCUGUGGACCUCCAUACCACCGGGGGAGAUAGAGAGCAUCCUGCCUCUUCUGGACAGAGUCUCCCAACUCAGUGUUGACAGGAGGUUACUGCUGAGUUUCCUCCAGUGCUGUGGUGCCUCUCAGAUCCAGCAGGGGGCACCAUCAUCACCACCAACAGCAGUAUGGCUGCUCAGGUCUCUGCACUACAGACUGGACUUGUCCUGCUCCUCCUCUGUGGACCUGUCAGCUCAGGACCAGGGGAAGGCUCUGUGUCUGACUACUGACCACUGCAGGGCCAUCAACUCUGUUCUGAAGCAGAACCAACACGGCACCCAGCUGGUUCAGAACCAGGUCCAGCUCAUCCUAAGAGACUGUGAGGUGGAGGACAGAGCACUGAGGGAGCUGCUUCCCAUCCUGCAUAUUGUCAAGCUGAGUCCCAGCAAAGCUCUGCUACUUCAGCUGCUGGACCUUGUGUGUGAGGGGAUUGAAGAGGGGCUGCUGAGGCAUGCAGAGUCCCUGUGCAGAGCCCUGGAUGGGGAGCUGGACCUCAGUGAGACCAGGCUGGACCAGAAGGCCUGUGGAUCUCUGGCCCUGGUUCUGGAACACUCAGAGGGUCUGUCAGAACUGGACCUCAGCCACUGUCAACUCACAGACCACCAGCUACAGCCCCUGAUCACACACCUGCAUAAAGUACAAGUCCUGGAGUGA